GAUAAAAAUGUGUAUGGCACUUCUAAUUCUAGAUAAACAUUCUGUUACUGCAUCUUUAAAAAAAUUACACGCGAAUUCAGUAGCAAAUUACUUUUGAACGCUUGAAACUUCGAGCGCAUGCCCUAACUCAGUUUAUAACGGUUAAGUGUGAAUUUGCCUGUUGUUAGUUUAAUAGUGACGUACAUGUAUGCUUUCGCAGGUAAAGUCAAUGAGUUACAGUACAUGUUAAAUAUUUAUUCAAUAGCGCAUAAAAAGCGAAGAGCACACACAUACACAGGGGUAAAAUUUUAGUAAAAAAGCUGAACUUCGAACAACGUUGGAAAGGGGGAAAAACGAGGAAGAAAGAUAGACUAAAAGCGAAAAUUGAUAUGUGAGAAGUGUCUUAAGAAUUUGAAAAAAAAACAAGUACUUGUUAAACAAAGUUGGUGAUAUAGCAUGAGAUAUCGUGCAACGUAGAUUGUACAUUUGUUGGAACGAAUUUUUAUCACCCUUCGUGUUGGUAUUGCCAAAAAAUUGUACGCGAUCCUUAGAGGACGCGUUGUCGAUUAUUGUUAAAGUGGAAGCUUUAGAAAAUGGCCGACAGUUGGACACAAAGCGUUGUUUGCCGAUAUUUCAAAAAUGGUAUGUGCCGCGAAGGAAGUAAUUGCAGAUACCGCCAUUGGAAUGAUGGAAAUAAUGAAACAACAUCUUCUGCCUCAUCUACAAAUAAUGUUUGCCGCUUUUUUAAACACGGUAUCUGUAAAUUUGGUAAUCAAUGCUAUUUUCGCCAUAGUACUGGAACUAUUGAUAAUAAUCUGAUAAAUGGAAAUUCAGUAGAAAAUUCAACAGAACAUGCUUCAAAUAUUUCAACUUUGACAACAAGAAAGAAUAUUAAAGACAAUACUCGUAUUGCCGAAGAAUGGGUGAAAGCGCCGGAAUUUAUACCUUUUCAAGUAGCUGGAUCAUCUUCUACAAAUGAAGCUUCUACAACCUCAGGGACAUCUACAAGUUCUUCGAUGUCAAUAUCUUAUGCUCAAGCUGUAAAUCCAUCAGGUCAAGCAUCCAGUCCAUCUUUAGAACCUUUAUGUCCAUUUGCAGAAGCGACUGGAAUUUGCAAAAAACGAAAUUGUACAUAUCUACAUGGAGAUAUUUGCGAAUUGUGUAAUCGUGCAGUACUUCAUCCGUACAACGAGGAACUUAGAAAAAAACAUACAAACGCAUGUGUCAAACAGCAUGAAGUGGACAUGGAGCUUUCAUUUGCUAUUCAGCGCAGUAGAGAAAAGUCUUGUGGUGUUUGUUUUGAAGUUAUAAUGGAAAAAGCAUCUGGGGAACAAAGAUUCGGAAUUUUACCAAAUUGUAAUCACUGUUUUUGCCUAAGUUGCAUUAGGAAAUGGAGACAAGCUAAACAGUUCGAUAACAAAAUUAUAAGAGCUUGUCCAGAAUGCCGUGCUACUUCCGACUUUGUAUGUCCAAGUAUGUACUGGGUUGACACUAAAGAAGAAAAAGAGAAAUUAAUAAGUGACUACAAAUGUGCGUUAAGCACCAAAGAUUGUAAAUAUUUCAAUAAGGGACGCGGAAAAUGUCCAUUCGGUAAUAAAUGCUUUUAUCUACAUGCACUUCCUGAUGGUACUAAAACAGAUGUUGGUCCUCCUGUUCGUCAACGACGUAACGCAGAUGCAGAUGUCGAUAUUUUACGUCAACUUAUUUUGUGGGACUUUUUUGAGGAAAGAAACAGCCGUUGGAUAUAUGAUGUAGAUUUGGAAGAUAUUGUUUCCCUUUUCUCAAGCUCAGAAGAGUCUGAUUGGUCUGAAUUUGAAUUUCCGAUUGAGUAGUUGUAUUAAUUCACUAAUUUGCUACUGUUGCUGUUAACUGUAUCAUCUCUCAGCGACCACUAACAUGUGGUUUCAAUAGCUGAAUAGACAAGUAGUUUAUGAAUUGUUUGAAUAGUUAUGAUUUAAAGAUAUCUCAGCUGCAUUAAAAAUUUGUGUGCUUUGCUUGAUGAUAUUUACGUGAGAAAUGUGUAAAUAAUGUCAAGUUAAUAAUAAUAACAAAAACAAUAACAAGACAGUUACAGUCGCAUGUACAAUGGCAAGUUUUUAAAUGUUACAUAGCCAAUUUGUAAUCGCUUUUGUUUGUCUAUCUUGACCAAUAUUAUUACAAUUAAUACUCAGUAAUAAGAAAUAUGCAUCAAGUCUAUUGCAUCAGUGGUCCAAAUUAAUUCGAUGAAAAGAAUAUAUAUCAAUUUGCCAGCAUGAAAAUAAAAAUUUUAUUUUUCUUCUUCUCAAUUUGGCUCAAAUAGAUUCUUUUAAUAAAAAAAAUAAAUAAAUAAAUGUCACACACAACACAUACAUAUAAGAAUAAGUUUAUACAUUUAAAAAAAUUUCUAUUAAGACAUUAAUUUUGAUUAUUUUCUCGAAUAGAAUCAUUGUUUUAAAUGAAAUUAUUUUCGUACUAUUAUUUUCAUUAUUAAUCUUUGGCUCAAAACUUAAUGUUUGCUUAAAAAUUCAAUAAAGUAAAAAAUACAGACUUACCUUUUUUAUAAUAUAGCUUUUAUAGCUUAGAAUUAAUUUUAAUUUUGUUUGGGUACUUAUACCAGAAAAAGCUACAUUCGAUUUUUAUUAUAUUUAUUUGUUAUUCAAUUUGAAGAUUAAAGAAUUUGUUGAACAUGAAAUUUUUAGUUUAUAAAUUAAGGAGAUAGUAAGUUGUAUAAACUAUUGAUUACAAUAUUCAAUAAGUAUUGUCUAUUUGAUUACCGAUCAUAUUGAAGAUACAAUUAACAAGUUUCAUCCUACCUCUUGUUAUGGCUCUGCGAACAUUUAACAAAUUCCCUUAAAUUAUUGAGCUGUAUAGUGUUAGUUUCUAAUUCAUAGUUUUAAGACCGUGAUAAAUUGCGCAAAUCGAGUGUUCUAUGUAAUAAAUGUAUGCCUGGGCGAAUGAAGAUUUGGUUGAAUGUGUGUACUGCUAAAUAUAAUAAAAGAAAAUCACUUUUAGCGAGUAUGCACAAACAGAUUCCAGAUUUAGAAAAGAUAACAAAUAAAAAUUAUUUUAUGAACAAUAAUUGAAUUCAGAACUAUUUAGAAACUUUAUUUUAUCAUUAUAUUUUAUUGUUUAGUGUAUUUAGACAUUUUUCUAAAAAUUACAUUUUUUUAAUGAAUAAUAUUACUCAAAAAGAUACGUUAUUUUGUAUUAACAAAUGAGGGCAAUCAGAACUUUAUAAACAAAAAUAAAGGCCAAAGAAUGGUAUUAAUUUUUUCUUCUGAUCAAGCUAUUUUAUAAAAGUAAUUUUUUAAAAAAUUGUUCUGUAUGAGUUACGUAACGAAAUUGUUUUGAAAUAUUUUGCGCAUAUAAAUUCUAAUUGUUAUUCACAUAUAGUUAUAGGAUACACGUUUCUUCAUUAAAAUCAUCUGUCCUCAGUGUUGCCUUUAAAGAACAAGAUAAUUACUCUAUUCAUCAGUAUGAGCAAAUAUUAUUCGAAGUUUUCUCAGACAAUCUUUCCACGAUAAAAUAUGCAAGUUGUUCAUAUUUUCUAUAGAAUUUCUAUAUUGUUAAUUUUAUAGUAAAUUGUUACAAUUAAAUGUUUAUUGUUAUUGCUAACGCUAUUUAUAAAAAUAUUCUAAAUAUUUUGUACAUUAUUUUUUAUAUAAAUAGCAUCUACUUUUAUUUUAUCUUUCAUUUAUAUUCAUUUUAAUAUAAUAUAAUAUUAAUACAUUUAAUGUAAAUUAUCGCAGUUGAAAACACAUAACAAUAAUUAGAAUAUUACAUAAUUUUCACAUGUUAUAUGUAUAUGUAUUUAUUUCUUUUUAAUAUUUCAUCAUUAAUUAAUAAAUGUUCAAUAAUUGAUAUACAUGCGUUAACAAUAAGAAUAACAAUAGUACUAUUUGUCAACACUGAGUGUGACCGUUUGUAAAUUUUGUGUUUUUUUUU